CUCCGUUUCCCACGCGCCGACUCGUCCGUGCGCUAUCCCCCUGCACGCAAAGGCGCCCCUCGAGCCCUUCCCAGGGCUCGUUAGCACUCUGACGCCCAAGUCAGUACUCCGUUUCUAGAGAGAGAAGUGAAUAGGGAUUCUAGAAAGAAUGUCUAACCUGAGUAAAUGAGGUUCACCAACCUCCCUAUUUAUACUAGGGGUCUGGCCGACCAACAUCCUUCCCUUCCGCCCUCCGUCAGACCUGCAAUUAAUGCGCCGUACACUUAUGUUCCAUUCGCCACGACCAUCUGACCUUUUACUCAGAAGACCGAGGCGCAUGACAUCAACUGGUCCACUCUUCGUACCCUUUCGAGUGUUGGGGGUCUUUGUCGCAUGCGCCAGGUGUCAGAAUUCUGGCCCCACCUGCCUGGGAGGUAUCCUUGCCUUACUGGGCUAACCCCCUUCACGCGCUUAGACCUAUUUGAUUGGGCUCGUCUCCCUGGCCUGCUAGCUCCCCUCCCUUGGGCCAUGGGGCCUGAUCUCCUUAGGUCCCAAUUAUGCCCCCAACAGGGCCUGACUUCCUUGGGCCAUAGUUAUGCCCCCAACAUAUUACAUCGCAGUAUCCUUCACAGAAAGAUUGCACAUACGAAAGUUGCUCAAUCCAUUGCAUUUUCUCCGGUUGGCAGCGUUUGCUUAACUAACUAAUAAAGCAGCGCAAGGCAACACAAUCUCUAAGCAGCAUGUGAAGCAGCUGAUCUUAUGAUUUUUGUCUGUCAGUGUGCACUAGAUAUCGACAUGUUUACUAAAGUCUGUGACCUGAACAUUGUAGAAGCAUUUAUUCACAAAAUGCCUCAAUUGGAGAAACUUGCAGUAGUCCCUUCCUGCUUUAGGAGAAGGAAGCAGCGACAUGCAAUUGCAACCAUAUCAAAUAGAAUAAGCCUGAUGAUGGCGCAAAGUAUCGGUACUUGUUGAACUCAACAUGGUCAGCCCGGCCCUUGUUUGGCUUAAAAUAAGGUUCUGACUGAUUCACUCACAGGAAGCCUAGUCUGCCGGAGAUGGGUUCUGUUUCAGCGGAGGGAAGUAAAGUAUUCCGGCAAGCCAAGUUAAGAAGAUAAGAAUAGUCGGUUGCUUUGAUGCUGUUGUUUUGAGUAAAGGCGGUUAAGAGAAUCCCCGCGCUUUUUGCGGCCCUUUAGUAACAGAACAGUUGCGAAUAAAUAGGAAUGUUUGGUCAGAGUUAGUUUUACGUUGUCUCUGUUUUGUUGGUACUCUGCUCUCUCUGUUUUCAAUUCAAUUCAAUUGUGCCUGAAUUCUUUUUUCGCUGUCGCUGUAACCUUUUCCCGGCGUUACCAAAAACGUUUCCCCUUUUCCUACCUCUCUCUCUCUCUCUCUCUCUCUCUCUCUCUCUCUCUCUCUCUCUCUAAUCGUAUGAAAGAUUUCUUGCUUGGUUAACACACGACGCCGCCGAUGGAGCAGAAGGAAGGUCGGGUCCUAUAAUUGUUUUUUAGGUACAACGUUGGAUUACUGGGUUGCCUUUUCGGUAUGUUGUCUUCGCCUGCAGAAUUCCUUCCUCCUUUCAUCUACAGAUUUUCAUUGGGUUUUCUCAAUAAGGGUUCUAUGGUUUCUUGCUCCUCCUCCUGUUCUUCCUAAAUUUGAGGUGGUGGCUAGGCUAGGACUUGAGGAUCAUCAAUUUUUUUUUGUUGGUGCACGAAAGGGAAAGAUGGAGCAGAAUAACGAGGUUUGAUGAGGUUGUUGGUGUUUAAGAUUCAUUGUCCUUCCUUUCGCUUUUGCAACCCAUCCCAAAGUAUUUGUAGAGGUGAGCAAUUGAAGUUUAACAAGAAGAAGAAGAGUAUCAGUAAUCAAGUGCUUUGCUCAACAGAGCACAAACAAUUAGCCGAGGAGGAACGGAAAGAGGUUAUUACAAGUAGUAGUAGUAGUAGUGCUGUGGAUGAUGACGAUGAAGGGCUUCAGAGUUGUCUGAGGAGUGGUGAAGUUACGAAAGGGGAUGAUGCCGAGAGGAACAAGAAGAAGAAAGUGCAGUGGGUGGAUUUUGUAGGGAAGCCACUAUUUGAUAUCAGAGAAUUUGAACCCAGUGACAGUGAAACAGAUGAAAGUGAGAUCCAUGCUCAGAUGACCAAAAGGAGCUGCUCUUUAUGCUCAAUCCUUUGAGCCCUUGUCUCCUUAGACCUUUUGCCAACUGUGGGUUGCUUUGUAAACAAGCAAAUAGAUUCAUAUCAUGAGAUGUUCAUCAUAAUCAUGACUAGACGAAGCCACAUUCACAGCACUCAUUUUCUGUCUUUAACAACAAACAACAUUUUAUAAAGGGCAGAAAAUUUAAUAUUGAUUCAAGAAAUCCAUGGGAUAGUUUUAUCUUUCUCAUGAGCUCAAAUUGUUGUAACGAAUUAGUUCUUCCUAAUAUCUAAUAGGAGAAAUCCUUUAAUGAAUCUUUAUGAAGCAUCACAUCAUCAAACUAAAAUCGAUCCAGACAUGUCAAGUAUCUCGUUCAAAACUGUUAGAAACCCGGUUUCUAACUACCUUGGGAUUGGGACUUAUUUGUCGGUUUAUUAUUAUUUUGAGGACCUCAUGUGUCAUUUGUGAGUAUUUUCGGAUUAUUUGGGUAUUAUCGAUUAUUAGGAGAAUAUCGGGUAGUUAUAAGAGAAUUAUCGGAUUAUAUAUUCUGUAAUCGUGGAAUUAGUGGGUUAAGCAAUUACAGAACAAGAAUUCCCUAACCCUAAUCUUCCAUCUCUCUCUCUCCUCUCUCGGCCAACUCCCUCUCUUCUCUCCUUUGCUGCCGUCGGCCUCCAUCUUGGAGGAGACCACUUCUUCUUCCUCUGUUCAUCAAAUCACUUUUCCCAUUCCCCAAUUUCCAUAUCCCAAAUCCAUAAAUCUCAUAUCACGUGUGAUUACUGGUCUCUACUCGGAUUAGUGAACCCUAAUCGUGCACGCCUAGAUCAAGGUUUCUAACAAAAACAAUGAGUAAAUAAAUUCCAAGAGACCUAUUUGAUUGAGAGAAUUUUUCCAGCUGUUUUUCCUUUCCCUUAUAGUUCUUCCUUCAUCUAAGGAUACUUUUCUUAUGAGGCAAAAGAAUAUAGCCAUCAAUGCUAACCAUAAACUGCAUAAUUUUAGUUAUUCUAAGUAAUGGAGAGCUCAAAUCAACCAAAAUCUAGGCACAUAAUUUAGACUAACCUGUUGUCCGCUAGUUGACGUAGGUGGAAUGCCAUACAUGUAGCUUCGUGCAGGAGAAUGGUUAACGUCGAGACUUGUCUGGCUCUAGCUGGAGAUCAUUUCGAGGUUAAGUUAGAAAGAGAAAAUAUAAUUUAGGCAGACAGAAAAAUCUUGUAUAUUGUUUGUCAAAAAUUCUCAUAAGCUUAAUAGCAGAGAGUACUAAAUUUAGGAUCAAGCAUAACUGGUAACAUUUCAUGCUAUUCUUGAUACAAGAUCUAUGGCAAGUCUACUAAAGAAUGAACCUAGAGGCUCUAGUGGUGCUUAGUGGGACCUUCUAAAGUAGUUGUGACCUAUUGAGCUUUCACCUUGGCUCUUGGGUUGGGAGCUGGACUGAACUAUCUCCCAGUGAGCCUAUGUUAAUCCCUACCAUAACCUUUUGAAUUGUUAAAGGGUGAGUAGAUUUAACUCCAUCUUCUUAUCCUACCCCUUCAACUUUAAGUCAAUGGAAAGAAGUGUUUAGGUGGGAACACAACAAACAUAUGAACCAGAAGCAGAACUGAAAGGGAGUGAAAACAAUCAAGGGAAGAUAAGUCGCAUUAACCCAUCAUUCUCCACUAGGUUUGUGCCUCCUCUAAUCACAAUCCUAAUAGUAACAUAAAGUAGCAAAAGGUAGUGGGUUGGAACUUUCCUAAGAAAUAGCACACAUGAACAAGUAGAAGAGCUUUCUAGAGUAGUUUCCCGUUUAUUAUUUAUUGUUUGGGUUCAGAUUUGGUACCAGCAUCACUUAUUUAAUGGUAUACACGUUAGAGUAUUAAAAAAUGGUUAUUUUCUGCAAGUUUAUCUAAGAGUUUGUGACUUACAUAGAAUUCUAUAAUAAAAAGUGGCCCAUAAU